AUCCAUGAUGAUAAUAGUGAAUACCUUAAUGAUACUAUAUAUAAUAUUUUAUGUCAACGUGGUUUUUUUGACAAUGUUAAACAUUUGGUAAAUAUUCUUGCUCCAAUCAAGUCUGCAAUUUUAACAUUAGAAAGAAAUCAAGCAAAUUUGGCAGAUUGCUAUAUUCAUUUAUUAAAAUGUGCCAAUGCCAUGAAUAACUUGCCAUAUUGUGAAUAUAGA